UCGCUGGUGAAAAGUAUGGCCGAACGGUUCGUCGUCCGUCGUCGUUGCGCAAAUGUGUUAUUUUAGAGUGAUGACAUCAUUGUGACCACCGCGCCCCGUGAAUCUGCUGCAGUUCCUCCCCGAGGGGGCGUCGUCACUCUGUCAUCAGUGAGAAGUUACUCAAUUUCUCGAAAUUUACAGCAUAAAUGGUUAGGAAAAGCGUGUUCAACAUAAAACCAGAAGAAGAAGAAAACACAAAUCGAAUUUCCCCGUGAAAAACCACCUGGAGAAGGUCGGUUCCGUCCUCGCUCAUCGACCAGUCGAACGUGAGCGAUUCAUUCGACGACGACGAGUAGAGGAGCCAGCAGUGCUGCCAGCUGGCUUCGACGACGACGGUAGUGUGAAGUGUUGCCCGGUAGUUGGUAAACAACGCAAGAAGAUAAAAGUGUGCUAUUGGUUGGUUGGAUUAAAGAUCUGAAGUGAGGUUGUGGGUGUGUGUGAAAGUGCAUCCGCAGUGAAUCUCCUCAAGAUGUGGACAUUGGGUCGCAGGAGAGCUGGAGGCGGUGGUGAUAGGAUGGUCCUGGCACCACUGGCGGUUCUGGUGGCCACACUCAACGUGCUGGCCGCGCAAAGUCUGAGUGGAUUUUAUCGCAAUUUCCACUCCCCGCCCAGCAUCAUCAAGCAGCCGCCGACGGACGAGAUGCUGUUCCAGGUGGCGCAAACCGGCGAGAACGACAAACCCUUCAUCAUCGAGUGCGAAGCGGAAGGUGAACCCACCCCCAGAUACCGCUGGAUCAAGAAUGGCAAAAAGUUCGAGUGGCAAACGUACGACGACCGGAUGUCGCAGCAACCGGGCCGCGGCACGCUGGUCAUCAAGUCGCCGCGGGACGAAGACCUCGGUCAGUACCAGUGCUUCGCCGAGAACGAGCACGGAACGGCCACCUCGAACUCGGUGUUUGUGCGCAAAGCCGAACUCAACUCGUUCAAGGACGAGUCGGCCAAGACGGUCCAGGUGGACGAGGGCAUGCCGUUCAAGAUGCAGUGUCAACCCCCGGACGGUUGGCCGCGGCCGAACGUGUACUGGCUGAUUCAGAACAUGGACGGCGGCAUCAGCUCGAUCAACAACUCGCGGAUGACGCUCGACCCGGAGGGUAAUCUGUGGUUCUCGAACGUAACGCGGCGCGAUCAGUCGGACGACUUUUGGUACGCUUGCGCGGCGUCGUCGCUGUUCCGUAACGAGUACAAAAUCGGUAAUCGGGUGGUGCUGCAGGUCAAGCAGACGGGAAUUUCGGCGGCGCAAAACCGACAUCGGCCCGAGCGCCAGUACGUGUCCCGUAAGAACGAGGUGGCGCUGCGAGGCAAGAAGAUCGAACUGUUUUGUAUCUACGGGGGGACGCCGCUGCCGCAGGUCGUGUGGACGAAGGACGGGCGGGCGAUCCAGUGGAACGACAAGAUUCAGCAGAAUAACUACGGGAAAUCGCUCGUGAUAAAGCACGCCACGUUUGAAGAUCAGGGCACGUACACGUGCGAGUCGAGCAACGGUGUCGGCAGUGCCGAGUCCUACUCGAUCCGGUUGGAGGUGCAAGCCAUUCCGUACUUUACGACCCAGCCGGAGAGUGUGAUCAAGGCGGAGGAGGAGACGGCCGAGUUCCGGUGCGAGGCGACCGGUGUGCCGAAGCCGAACAUUAUCUGGAUUCACAACGGCAAGCCGAUCGAGCAGACGCCGCCCAACCCGCGGCGGUUCGUCAGUGGAAACCGAAUUUUCUUCAACAAACUGGAGAAGUCGGAUACUGGCAAUUACGGCUGUAACGCCACCAACUCGCUGGGCUACGUCUACAAGGACGUCUACCUGAACGUUUUGGCUUUGCCUCCAGAGAUCAGCGAACCUCCGCGUCGCGAGCACACCGUAGAUCGACGCAACGUAACGCUGACUUGCCGCGUGUUUGGUGCGCCAAAGCCCGAGGUCAAGUGGAUCCGCAACGGACGGGAGUUGACGGGGGGACGGUAUCAGGUGUUGCCGACUGGAGAUUUGUUCAUCCGUGGGGUUGAGUUCUCCGAUGCUGGACAGUACACGUGUAACGCGGUCAACAAGCUGGGUGAGAAGUCCGCGGACGGGGAGUUGAUUGUGAAGGAGCACACGAAGAUUAUUGACGAGCCGCAGGAUUACGAGGUUGUGGCUGGGACGCCGGCUACGUUCCGGUGUAACGCCGUGGCGGAUUCGAGCUUGGCGUUGACGAUCGAGUGGUUGACAAACGGGGAACCGAUUGACUUUGACACGCAACCGAGAUUCGUCAUGACGAACGAUUACUCGCUGACGAUCACGAAGACUAUUGAGUUGGACACGGGAGUGUAUUCGUGUGUGGCCAAGACCGAUUUGGACGAGGUGAUUGCGAAUGCCACGUUGACGGUGUACGAUCGGCCAAACGCUCCUUCGCUCGAGGGCAUUGAAUGCCACCAGGCUGUGGCGACGCUUUCGUGGACGCCGAACGGAGACAACCGGUCGCCAAUUCUGCACUACACCAUCGAGUACAACACCUCGUUCACGCCGGACACUUGGGAGAUCUCGUCCAAGGACGUUCCUGCGACGGACUUCACCUACAGCGUAGACAUGAGCCCGUGGUCGAACUACACGUUCCGCGUGAUUGCCAUCAACAAGGUUGGACCUUCGUCACCUUCCGGACACAGCGAAGUGUGCACCACCCAGCCCAGCGUUCCGUUCAAGAACCCGGACAACGUGGAAGGCCAGGGAACCGAACCGAACAAUCUAGUCAUCAAGUGGACGCCAAUGUCCGAGAUCGAACACAACGCCCCGAGGUUCCAGUACCGCGUCUACUGGCAGCUCGACACCGGCGUAGACAACUGGAACACCGAAGACAUCUUCGACUGGCAGCAAACCGAGCUGGUGAUCCGGGAUCAGCCGACCUUCCAGCGGUACCGCAUCAAGGUGGUUGCGAUCAACGAAAUGGGAGAGGCUAACGUCGCCCCCAAGGAGGUCAUCGGAUACUCCGGCGAGGACAAACCUCUGGAAGCCCCGCAGAACUUCACCCUGAUUCAGGUCACCGCACCGACUUCCGCAAUCCUCAGUUGGAACCCCGUCAGCGAAGACAGCGUCCGCGGUCACUUCAAGGGCUACAAGAUCCAAACCUGGACGGAAGCCGACGGCGAAGAGAACCUCCGUGAGGUGCUCGUAACGGCCGACUCCAAACAAGCCCUCGUCACGGACUUUAUCCCCGACUCGACGAACUUUGCGCGAAUCCUCGCGUACAACGGCCGCUUCAACGGCCCAGCCAGCACAACCCUGUCCUUCGACACCCCCGAAGGCGUCCCCAACACGAUCCAAACCCUGGACGCCAUCCCGCUCGGAUCGUCCGCCUUUCUGCUCAAGUGGAAGAAGCCGCUCCAGCCGAACGGCAAGCUCACCGGCUACAAGAUCUACUACGAAGAGGUCAAGGGAACGUCCUUCGGCCCACGCAUGGAGCGCGAACCCCACAUCAGUGACGCGCGCCUCACGGAGGCCAAACUGGGCAAGCUCAAGCCCAGCACCAAGUACCGCGUGCACGUCGUCGGAACGACCCGCGCCGGCGAAGGCCAAGACUACUACAUCGAACAGAAGACUGCCGCCGGCGUGGCGCUCCAGCCCGACCAGCCCUACUUCAGCUGGGAGCACGAACCCAACGACAGCGGACACGCCGACGUGCGCGUCGUGUGGCACCCGAACCUCGAGGGCAAACCGGGCUCGCACUUCUUCGUCAAGUACCGCGUCAAGGGCGAAAACCAGUGGCUCAUGACCGAGCCGGUGCUGUACGAGAACCACCACACCGUGCACGGGCUCGACCCGGACACCAACUACGAGUUCCGCGUCGUGUCCGUCGACGGCGAGUUCCAGACGGAGUCGCUCUCGCAGGAGGUGGACACCUCCGGUCUUGACGGCCCCAUCAUCGUGAAGGGCAACAACGUGGCCACCGCCGGCUGGUUCAUCGGCAUGAUGCUGGCGAUUGCGUUCCUUAUCCUGCUGCUGAUCAUCAUCUGCAUCAUCAAGCGCAACCGGGGCGGCAAGUACGACGUGCACGAUCGCGAGCUCGCGAACGGACGUAACGAUUACACCGAGGAGGGCGGCUUCCCGGAGUACUCGCAACCUGUUUUACGUGAUUACAGCUUGGACAAUAAGAGCCAGGGCCGACAGUCUGUCAACUCGCAAAAAGUCGGACCGGAAAGUGAUACUGAUUCCAUGGCGGAAUAUGGUGAAGGUGAUACAGGUGGCCAAUUCACCGAGGACGGUUCGUUUAUCGGCCAGUACGUGCCCGGUAGGCCCCCGGUCAGUGCCCACUCGACGCCGCAGAAUCCGUCCCUGCAGGGAGGCGGCGGCGGCGGUGGCGGUGCCAAUGCCGGCAUGGCCACGUACGUCUAAGAGAACGAAAAAGAAACAUUUUUGGAUUAAUUCUUCGCGCCGCAGAAAAUUGAGUGUUUGUCUGCUGCUUUUUUUACUACUGGACGGAACAGAAGGACACCCGCAACGUCAUCGCUUCAACCGACAAAACAAACAAGGAUGAUUUUAUGAUUAUUUUUUUUUGUAACGAAAGAAACACAACUAAUUUUAGUGCGCCAAUCCGGGUUAAAUUCGUUAGGACUUUUGACUCUCUUGGCACGGCAACAAACAAGAAAACUCAAAACAAAAUGUGUUCAGAGCUGAAAUCUUUCCGCUUUAAGCAUUCUCAGUCAUUCGCCGACCCCCGACUACGUAAAGUUUGCGUAACUAUUAGCCACACGUUUUUAUUAACAGAACAAUAACUUCAACUACAAUCAGUACAAAUCAGUUGAUUUACGCGAGUCCUUUUUCCCGGUAGCAAACACACACACACCACGUGCUUUAAUUGUGUAACGAAAUGAAGCAAAAAUGGCGCGAUCCUCUCAAAGAGCUGGAUCGAAUCUCGAUGAAAAGAAAUCUGCUUAAUUAAUUUUCCGAGAAGAUGGAAUGUAAAACAAAACAAGUUAUAGUUGUAGUAAAAGCCUUUUUCGUCCCACUUUUUUAAGAAUCUCUUUUUUUUUUGUUUUUAUUGUAUUGUUUAACUUAUCUCUACAUUACGAAAAUAACAAAACUAUCGUGUAGUAAUUAUUAUUUUAUUAUUUUUAGUGCAAAGCGAAAAUAAAACUUCUCGGUAGCUUUCUAAAAAAAGAGAAAAAAACACACAGAAACAGUAUAGAAGUAACGAGCAGAUUGGCAACUCAUCAAACAUCAUGAAUCAAUUUCGUCCAAGUUUAAAUGAAUCUCUUAUUUGUGUACUCUAGUUGUAAAUGCUUAAAUCUCACAAAACAAAACCACACAAAAAACUAUAAAAUGACAAGCGCGGCGCGACGAUGACGAUCGUCGAGAGAGUGUGUGGGUAAACACAAACACUAAGUCUUAAGUUGUUGUUAAUUUUAUACUCGUUUAUAAAAUUAGUGGAACAAAUUGGAAAGGAUUAAAGAGCGAGAGCAAGGUUUUUAAAGUGUGUGUGACGACGUCUAGCACAAAUUCGCUUAUUUCGUGCGCUUGCCGACAGAAUAUUAUAUCAGAAUCGAACAUCACAAAUAAACAAAAAAAAACCGACACGGAAAUAUCACAACCUGCUAAUUCAAAUAAUAUCUUUCGAGAUGGGAAAGCGACGCGAGAUGUCUGUAUAUAAAGCGAGCGAAUCGUACUGCUAAUUACUUUCCUUCCUCUUUUGAUUUAUUCCCCUCCCGUCAUUUUUUAGUUUAGUUUGUUUCGAGCUACACACAAAACACGCCCACUUUCACGCUUAAAAGUGAGUUAGGAAUUGCGAACGAAAACAUGUUAGAGCGCAAUUAUUAGUUUCCCCUUUUUUAAGUAAGAAAAUUCCUUCUUUUCUAGUUUUAAUUGUUUAGUAAGAGCGAGACAGCUAAAUGUUCACUUUUAUUUGUAAUAAAGAAAAUCUUUACAAACAAAUUUUGGGUUUGGUUGUUAUGAUUUUUGUUCGAUUUUCCCUUGAUUUAGUUUGUAAGUGAGUUUGGGUUUGGUCUUCUUUGUUUGAUUCGUUUUUGCCAUUAACUUUCAGUUCGUACAUUGUCUGGGGAAAGUUAAAACUAUUUGAUGCCGCAUUGAUGUACUUAAACUCUGAUUGGAAAUACUACUUAUUAAAUAUCUGUCAGACGAUGUAACUCCGGAACCAAUCCGGAAUUACUCCGUAAUUGGUAGGAAAUAACUCGCGCCAUUGUAGGUCGUUUCGGAUAUCACCCAUGAGCUAGAUUUAAAAAAAUCCUGCUUUGCCUGGUCAUUUUUCCAGAUUUUUUUCCUUAAUGUUUGAUGUGUCGCAUGACUAUUAAAUAGUAUUUUGAGUUGUUUUAUGAAAUGGGUUCGGAACUGGUAUCCGUAACAUCCGGAGUGUCCAACCGAAACCCUUUCGAGGACACUUGAAAUUGUGUCUUGAGUAAAUAUCUGCUCUGUUCCAUGAUAAUUGAUAUGUCGCAUGAUGGUUUCGAGUGGUUCUAAGAAAUGGCCAGUUUAGAACCGGUAUCUGGAACAUCCGUAUUGGCCAUUCUUUGACUAGUCCUUUUGAAAGACAUUUGGUUUACAGUAAUUAAAAGUUGAAAUUUUCCUAACCCCCAUUUCAAACCUCCCAAAAAUGUUCCGUUCACUUUCAACUGGACUGUAUGGGCGUAGCCUUGGAGCACAGUGUGGAAAUUCACGUUCUUAGAUAUUUUUGGUUUUACCGGGCAACAAUCAAAUUGACUAAGAAUAUUGAAUUGACCAUUGUGGCACUCCCUACAGCGUGAUACAGACCCGUUUUGCUAUGCUAUUUGUUUGACAGUAAUAAACAGAUUUUUUCCACUGUUGUCUGAUGAUAUGUUUCAAGUGGUUCUUAGGAAUGACCUCAUCAGAACCGGUACCCGGAAAAGCCGGAUUGACCAUGAAUGAUUUCAUACCAUAUUUUUUCUCCGCUCACACUCGCCGAAGAUUCUUUUGUUUUCUCAGAACACAACAAUGAAAGAAUGCGAGGGGCGGAUUGGAAGUCGACCACCUAUUACGUCCUGCUAAACUGCCGCCCGAAGCAAGUCCGUCCCAUAUGUAUUUUUGACGAUUUUGAGAUAAACCUAAGAAUUGUCUUGUUUUAACAUCUACUUUAAGCCUAUUUAAUAAAAAAGUUAUGUUUGUUCUAAAAUACCAAAACAAAAAUCACUUUGGUGCUGUCCCAUAUGCAAAAUAAAGGCAAGUCAGUUCCUUGUAUGGAAAUGUCUCACAAAUCAAUAGAAAAAAAUGUAUAAUUAUUAUUUUUUAUACAGACUAUGUACCUAAGUACUAGCAGAACUUCAAAACACAUAAAGUUGUCAUGUUUACGGUAUAUUUUGAAUUUUGUCGAUAAUCGAAAAACUAUCCUGCCUUUUUUCCUCAUGCUUGGGAUAACCACAGUAAUUAAAAAAACUACAUACCAUUGAGCAAAUAUUCAGUAAAAUCAGUACUAUUCCUUCUUGAAUGAAUAUCCAUGGUUUGGUUCUGGAUUAGGUUUCCCUUCCGUUCAACGAUUCUGAUGUUGAUACAUGCAAUCAAAUAAUCAUUUGUUCUGCUACAAAAGGUAAAGAAAUAAUGCAACGUUGCUGGUUACAUUUUUGUAGCCAGGAAAUUUUCUAAAAUCAUCUGCCGAAUUGAAUUAACCUGAAACAAUCAAACUUUUAAAUCUUUGAAAUGACAGGCAAAUUUCUGUUGUGAAUGUUCAAGCCUACCUUGAUAAACAGACAGACUUGCCUUUAUUGAUGGAUAAAUAAAGUCAGGUCAGUCCCAGCACGAAAAUUUACCAAAUUUACCUUAAAAUUUAAUUUUUUUUUGAGUCAAUUUUAGGAAAGGGGUACUUUUUGAACCAAUAUUGAAAUAGUUGUUGAAAAAGUAUGUAAAAAUUUGUGAUUAGAAAUGUAAAAGAGGUGAAACAUUUUUUGGGCUUCUCACGGCAAUAUCUCAGCACUCACUUUUUACAUAUUAGGUUUUACGCCGACUCGCUUUUUAGGUUAGAAAUUUGACAGCUUGGCUGCACUGUUUACAUUUUUUGCACGUGUGUCUCAGCAAAAAUGUGUGUGCGUGUGCGCUGGUGACGUCACGCUGUAAAACCUAAUGGGACGGACUAGAUUGGAGCGGCAGUAAAUUAAAUGAUUGGACAUGUGGGCAUGAGAGAGAAAAAGAGGGAUUGUGUAAAAUGUGUUAGAUAUCGGCAAUUCUUGGUACUGAGAAUCUCGCGACAGAAAGAAGGGCAACGAAAGGUGUGAGAUGAAAUUUCAGGCAUUAUGAUUUUUUGUCGCUGAGAACUGAAAGUGUGAUAUUUUUACAACACUGCUCAAGAAUCCACAUUAGAGUGGUCCAAUUUUGACUUUUCGCCUUCCAUUUUUUUUUCCUACUCAGAAACGUGUGAAUGAAGCUGACAGAUUUGAAUAUAUUACGUAGUACUCUCAACCCCCGGUGGUUGACACUUUUUUAGUUUGUAUCCCGUUGGUUUGACAAAGUCAAACUAAAAGGUGACGAACUGUCAUUUGUUACACGGUACUCACAAAAACUAUCAAACAAAACGUUUGGUAGUAGUGUCACUCACACAGUCGUUUGACUCUCAACACUUCGCACAUUCGCGUUGUACUCUUCGUUUGAAUUACGCCAAAAUUCCGAUCACCUUCACCAUGACUGCAUUCAAAUGAUUGCUGUUAACCACGCUUCAAAGAGAGGAAAGAGAAAGAGCAUGCGGGCUUUUUUGAGCAUUGCUUCUGAAGCUGUUGUCAGUUCCAAAGGAAACAAGGCAAGAAACAGGUUUACAAAGUCAAUAUUAGAAAAAUCUGGCAUCGUAUCGAUUAAAAAUCUAGAACAAUCUGGCAGACGAAAAUCUAACAAUUUUAAGUGGUGAAAAGAAGGAACAAAGGAAAGAAUGAAUUUUUAUUCUAGCUGAUACUUGAAAAAAAAAACUGGCAUUCCCAGAUUUAUCUGUCAACCUGGCAACCCUGAUUACGAACAGCUGAACAAAGGAGGAGGAGCGAUUUCUUGAGGCUUUUCUUCACCCUCUCUGGCUUUUUUCGCUGCCGCUGUGGCCCAUUUGAAAUUCUCCUUGACCGAUUCCUUACCAAGUGCGAUAAAAAGUCGCUAAACGACGCGCUAACCUGAUACUGUUUUGCUGAGACAUUCUUUGCACUUUAACGUGCUUAAUAAAUCUACUGAAAAAAUUGCGCCUAGCAUUUGAGGAUAUUUUUGGAUGGUUCGAUUAUCCAAAAAUUGGAUUAAUUUGAAUUGCUGGAUUGUUAACAGAAUUUCGGCAAUGUACGAAUUUUAAAAUGAUUUUAUGUUGAGUUGUAUAAAUUCUUCCAGUUUCUUUUUCAUUUUAAAUUAUUUUGUUCAACGUAGCAUUCACUCAUCCAAAAAGGGUCUUACGAAACACGUAUGAACGAGAUGAAACACAGGGUCUUAGUCAAAAUAUUAUUACCGAAAACUAUGUAAGCACAAUUCAAAGUCUAUAUCUAUUUUGAAUUUGCUUUGCACAAAUCUCACAAAAGAAGAAGAAAAAAAUCAGCAAACUAUCGCGCAUAAAAGAUGCUUGUUUCUGUUGUCUAUGAAAAGGAAAUGUGUAAAACUUUAUUAAUUUGUCACUUGUAAAGUAAAACCUUGACAUUAAUUUAGUCUUUACAUUAGAAUUCUAUAAACUAUUCAAAUACGAUUAAGAUGCUUUUGCUUGUUUGAAGAAGCAUGCAGAAAAAAGGAAGUCAAAAUGUGACAUUUAGGAUAUUAGUGGGGUAAGGAAAGGGAACGAGAAUGAGAUACUAACACGCUAGGCUUAUAAGUAGGAAGAAAUCGAAUGAAUGGCAGUAAAAAAAAAAACAAAUAAUGGGUGCUUUUUAUACACGAAUGAGCCGGAAAAAACAAGAACGGAAGUGAAUUAGGAAGGUAAAACACAUUUUGUUAUACUUUGCUGCUUUUCAAACUGUGCGAAAAAUGAGCGCUAUUUUUUGACGAAAAAAAAAACUAUUAUUUUGAUACAAUCAAGUGCUUUUAAACGAGAGAAGAGAUUAAACCAAAAGAUUUUCGGGGCUUAUUCUUACACGGUAAAAAUAUUGAAAGAGAAAAAUUGCAAAAAAAAAGAUACAAAAAGCGUUGUUUCCUUGUUCUUAUUUGCUAGCUAUUACGGCAAACUUUGUUUUAAGUUUCACUCAACUAUUGCUAAAUACAUUUGUGACAAGUAUUUUUCUUUGUCUGUUCGCUUGUGUCGUGUAAGAGUAAUCAUAAACGCAAAAAAUGAGGAAAAAUGUGAAAAUGUCAAAGAAACUACAAGUUUAAAUUUAAGACCACGUACACAAACACUCUAAAUUUAAUGUUACAUGUUUUUAUGAAACAAAUAAAACACAGAAACAAACUUAAUUAUCGUACUUAGAUAACUGUAUAUUAAAGUAAUUUGAAAAAAAAAAAACAGUUGAAUUUAUUUCGACUGAUCGAGCGCGUAGAACGGCAAACAACAUGUUUAGAAUGCUUUUUGUAAUACAUAACUUUAAAAUAAUUCAUCACCUUUAACAAAAAAAAAAAUCGCUGAAUUCAUCAUUCCACCACAAAAAGCCAUAGAGUAGAGAAAAUAUCAUUUCAUUCGGAAACAACAUCAAAUAACACUACCGAUUUGGUUCAGUCCAUCACUCAUACAAAAAAAUCAUCACACUCGAAAUACACGCAAAGAAAUACUCUUAACAAAAUGAUCUGUGUACUUUAGCAAAACAAAAAGUAAUUACUACAAUGCACUGUACAUGUUAAUUACAAGAAAAAAAAGAGUGACAAAUUUAUUUACACCAAGCAGCAAGCAGACGAACAUGCUACAAAAAAAAACAUUUAAACAAAAUCACAAUUAGACGAAAUGAACGAAAGAAUGGAUCAAGCAGCGGGCACGAAACGAAAGAUGAUAUUUUCUUCCCUUUAAAAAAUAAACUAACACAAAUUUGAACGACUCUCAAAGCAAGUAUUUUUCGACGAAAGCAUUUGAAAAUGUUGCUGCAGACGCCGCAGGCAGCAGCAGCAGCACUGUAAAAUAAUCCUACUCUUAUCCGUUUUAUUGCUAAACUUAAAAUCGGAACAAAUGAGUAAAGAAGAAAAAUUAGAUAAAAUGGAAGUAAAUCAAACGAAUCAAUUAGGACAAACUGACAAAAAGAAUGAGUUUUACUCCAGUUAAACACAACCCGAAUUAGUUGCAAAUCAGCGCAACAAUAGUUGUAGCCACCAGAAUAGAGAUAGUGAAAACAAACAGUCUCCCUCUUCAUGAUUUGCGAUCGUCUUUGCAUGAUGGAAACCACACUUUGGAACGUAAAGAAGAACGAUUGCAUUGUACAUUUUCCUUGGUUGCCUCUAAGCCACUAAAAAAAACACUUACACAUACACUAUGAUUACUACUUAACAAAAGUAAUGGUAAAUGGAGGAAAUAAAAUUGAACGAAAACAAA